AGUGGGUGUGCUACGUCAGCGGUGUUCGUGAAAGGAAAAACUUAACGAAAAGCAUCGCAAGGCACCGGAGAGAGAGAGAGAGAGAGAGAGAGAGAGAGAGAGAGAGAGAGAAGGGUAUAAAGACUGCCGACAGGGACAAUGCGGCGGAGCCAGCAGCACAGGCGGCGGUUCUCGUCGGAUUCCGACGUGGAUUUCGAGGACGACGACGACGACUUGGAGGACGACCUGGAGGAUGAGCCUUCUGCGGCGCGGCGGCGGCGUGGGAAAAUGAAGUGUCUGUCGUGCAAAGAGGAUUACGGCGACGUCGACGCCGGGACGUGCCGCGAGUGCUACGAGGAGGCAGGGGAGACGGAGGAGGAGCUCAAACGGGAGAUCGAUGAACUCAAGGCGAAAGUCAACUUUCUUCGACUGCUUUGCGUGGGGCAGAAUAUCGCUACCAAGCCGAGCACGCCUUGCUUUUCUGACGUCGUUUUGGUGGCUUCUGGUUCUUCUGAUUUGACUGAUUUGCAGUGCAAUUCGCCUUCAAUCCCAGCACAUCGCGCUGUUCUGAUAAGUCGAUCCCCGGUGUUCAGGGCGAUGCUCGAAAAUGAGAUGGAAGAAAGCAUCAGUGGAACGAUCAAGAUCAGUGAUGUAUCGUAUGAUGCCCUUAGAGCAUUUGUCAACUAUUUGUAUACUGCAGAGGCCUCCCUAGACGAGCACAUGGCUUGUGAUCUUCUAGUUUUGGCAGAGAAAUACCAAGUGAAGCAUCUCAAAACUUACUGUGAGAAGUAUCUGAUGUCUAAACUGAAUUGGGAGAAUUCGCUCCCAUACUACGCAUUUGCUCAUCAGCACGGUGCGAAAAGUUUACUAGAUGCAGCCUUGUCAUUGAUCAUGGACAACAUGGACAAGCUCAGUAAGCGGGAGGAAUACAUGGAGCUUGUGGAGAAGGAUCCUCGUGUGGUGGUAGAGAUUUAUGAAGCUUAUCUUGCAAAGCAGGUGAACACUGCUGCAAGUAAGGAUCCAGUUGCAAAGACGUAGAACAAGGAAUGCAAGGGUGGAGUCAUGUGGGUUUGUGUCUUAUUAAUAAGAUAUCUUAGUUUGGAUGUGAAUGAGUCUCUGUUAGUAUAGGCAGCUUUUAAGAGAUUCUUGGUUAAGUGCUUGAUGCAACUUUGUGUUCUUGAGACUGCUCCUUUGCCUUUUAAAAGUGCAUUGAACUAAUCCAUGGUGUCUGACCAUGAAAAUUACUUGGCUACUGAGUUUACCCUUUGUAUGAUCGGUUCUUCGCCGAGGAAUUGUAGCAGCACUCUUGUCUGUUACCUGGGAAAAUGUUUACUUGAGAUACUUGAGAAAUGACCUGUUAUCUAAAUACCUUCUCCCGUCAGGAUAGAGGGAUAUAUUCAUUAUCA